GCGGCGAGAGCGGAAACUGAAAGCGAAACGACCGCCAGACCUCAGUAGUCACUAGGAUGGCAUCAGCCGAAGUCGCUUCGUGUCUAUCCGCCGGACGUCCGCUUCUACCGGCUUCACAGCAGCCGCCUCAUUAGUUUGCGUGUGUUGUGCCGGUUGUUUGUGUGACAUGAGCCGUUUCGUCCUUAAAUGCUAUGUGAUCGCGAAUCGGGGCUGAUCUGUCGUCGGGCGCGUGUGUGUUUUUGUGCGGGCGUGUUUUGAAAAAAUGCCGCAUGUGAGCAGCGGAAGCGGCGGUGAUGAUUUCGGGAGCACUGAUGAAGUCAAAGUGUUUAAAGACGAAGGCGAGGACGAGAAGAGGUCGUCGGAAAAUCUGACCGAAGAGAAAAGCAGUCUAAUUGAUCUCACCGAAUCCGAGGAAAAGGUUGUUUCUGGUCAAAGCUACUCCUCGAACAAAAAUGCUACAAGAAAUGAUAUCAGUCCUGUUUUCGGAAAAUCCGACCCUACGCCACACAGUUCUGCAUUCAACAUGGGCUACCUUGUGUCACCGUACCCUUACCACAACGGGACACCACCCUCGAUACCUGUGUCUAUGGUAAGUUUUGAUUUUGAAUGA